UAUGCAUAGAACCUGAUUUUGCAAGACAUAGACGCGGACAAUUGUCAAGAUUAUCCAACACCCUGAACACACGCAUUAUGCCUGAAGACAAAAUCAAAGACAUGCACGUUGCUAUCAUCGGCGCCGGGAUUGCAGGCCUUACUCUCGCCAUAGGAUUACACAAGAAGGGGGUCCCAUUCACGGUAUACGAAGCAGCGUCAGAGUAUUCCACGGUGGGCGCUGGCAUAGGCUUCGGUCCGAAUGGGGAUCUAGCGUUAAACAUGAUCGAAGAGGGCUUUCUUCCCAAGUAUGAGCGUGUCUGUGUAGGUCAUAAGCCUCCCGCACCUCAGGAUAUAUAUUAUGAAGGGCUACUUCUGGAGGAGGGACUUGGCCUCAAAGAACCCUGGUACGGUAACUCAUCAUGGGGCCACCCAGACUACAUCCGCAGAGCAGCCCACCGCAACGCCGUCCUCCAAAUCCUAACGACCUUCAUCCCCAUCACCAAAGUGCACUUCAACAAACGCCUCACAGCCAUCCAACAACACCCCACCAAAGUCCUCCUCACCUUUGCCGACACCUCCACCGCUGAGGCAAGUAUCGUCGCCGGCGCCGACGGAAUCAAAAGCAUCGUACGCGAGCACGUACUCUCCCCAUCCCACCCCGCGCAAAUCGACCCCGUAUACUCACACUCCUACUGCUACCGCGGUGUGAUUCCCAUCGCGCAGGGGGAGGAAAUCCUCGGUGACUUGACCCACGUCGCGAAGAUGUAUCUGGGGCAGGGACGGUGUUGUGUCACGUAUUUGAUUUCGGGGGGUGCGGAACUCAACCUCCUCCUCUGCGUGUCAGACCCCAAACCCUGGGAAUGUCCUAACACGGUGACACAAAAAGUCACACCGGAGAGUAUGAUCUCCGACUUCACAGACCGGGGAAUAGACACCCGCUUCCUCCGCCUCUUAACGAAAGCCCAACCCAUCAAAUGGGGCUUAUUCCAUCACCCAUCCACAUCCACAUACUACCGAGACCGGGUAGUCCUCCUCGGCGACAGCGCGCAUGCGUCCCUGCCGUUCCAGGCCGCUGGGGCAGGUCAGGGGUUAGAGGAUGCGUUGGUGUUGUCGAAUGUACUGGGUAAGAUCUUUCAUGCUCCGGGGAAGGAGGGUAAUCUUGGGGAAUAUGUUAGGGCUGGGUUUGCGGGGUAUGAUUCCGUUCGGAGACCGCGGGCGCAGAGGCAGGUGGAGCGGGCGUAUGAGAUGAGUCGGAUGCUUUAUUUUGAGCAUCCUGAGACGGGGGGGAGUAUGGAGCGGGUGUUGGAGAAGAUGCAGGGUGGGUGGUUUGAUUGGUUGUGGUUUCGGGAUUUAGAGGUGGAUGUAGAGGAAGCAGUGAGGGGGGUGGAUGAGGUUGUUAAUACUCGG